CCCCCGCACCUCCCCAGCCUCCUCGCAGGAAGCCCCGCACCUAGCCCACCGCCACCCUCACCGCCGCCACAGUCGCCGAGGAGCCGCUCCUAAUGCCCCGGAAGUACUCCUUCCGUGCGAGGCGGUCCCGCCUACUCGAGCGCACUUCCGGGUCAAGCCCCCCUCGGGCCAGAAGGAACUGAGCUGCCAGUCUGAGAGACAGCGGGAGAAGGAAUACAACCAGGAAGUGUGGGAGAGAGAGAAGCAGGCUUCCCUCCCAGCAGAGUGGCUCGAUUACAGGACCCCAGGACCACCACCCGAGCAGAAGGCAGACGCCUAACGACUGAGCCACACUGGUGCCCCAGGGAUUUGGUAUUUUAAGAACCCAGGUUGGUCUCCACUCACAUCUUUUAAUCUUGAAGAUUUCAGAAUACGCCUGAAUCUCUCACUUUUUUGGAAAACUCCCAGUAUCAAGCAAUAAAUUACCCACCGUGCUCCUGUUAUAGAAUACAAGCUUUUGAGUUCUCCAAACCUAAACAAAAUUUCCUCCCAUUUUUCCAUGAAGCCACAUUGUUAUCUGUUCACUUUAGUGUUGAGUGUUACUUUCCCAGCAGCUUUUGUUUUGGAAGAUGUAAGCUUCAACCAAAUAGACCCCCGGGGAACAAAUCGUAGUUCCUUCAAUUCAUCAUUUCCUCCAAGCUUUGAGCUCUCAGCAGGUUCCCACUCAGGGGAUGAUGUCAUCAUAGCCAAAGAGGGAACUAGUGUUUCACUCGAGUGUCUUCUCACAGUCAACCACUAUGAAGAUGUCCAUUGGUACAACUCAAAAGGACAGCAGCUGGAUGGCAGAGGCAGAGGUGGAAAAUGGUUGGUUUCUGAUAACUUCCUGAAUAUCACCAGUGUGGUCUUUGAUGACCGAGGGCUCUAUACAUGUUUCAUCACGUCUCCAAUUCGUGCCUCCUACUCUGUCACCCUGCGUGUUAUCUUCACCUCGGGAGACAUGAGUGUCUACUACAUGAUUGUGUGCCUGAUUGCCUUUACAAUCACCCUCAUCUUGAAUGUCACACGGCUCUGCAUGAUGAGCAGCCAUCUUCGUAAGACCGAGAAGGCUAUCAAUGAAUUCUUCAGGACUGAAGGAGCUGAGAAGCUUCAGAAGGCUUUUGAGAUCGCAAAGCGCAUCCCCAUCAUCACCUCAGCCAAGACUCUGGAGCUCGCCAAAGUCACACAGUUUAAGACCAUGGAGUUUGCCCGUUACAUUGAAGAACUGGCAAGAAGCGUCCCUCUUCCACCCCUUAUUCUAAACUGUCGGGCCUUCGUUGAGGAGAUGUUUGAGGCUGUGCGAAUGGAUGACCCUGAUGACAUGGGAGAAAGAAUUAAAGAGAGACCUGCCUUGAAUGCUCAAGGUGGCAUCUAUGUCAUUAACCCGGGGAUGGGCCGGAGUAAUUCACCAGGAGGAGAUUCGGAUGAUGGUUCUCUGAAUGAACAAGGCCAGGAGAUAGCAGUUCAGGUUUCUGUCCACCUUCAGUCGGAAACCAAAAGUAUUGAUACAGAUUCUCAAGACAGCAAUCAUUUCAGCCCACCUGAUGACAUAGGAUCUGCUGAAUCAAACUCUUACUCCAAAGAUGGGACAUAUGAAAGCCAUCAGUUGUGAGCUCUGCCAGUACCUACAAAAACAGCUCUCACAAAAGGAACCUGUUUCAUGCAGGAAAUAACAUCUUUACCAAAAGAUAACUGGGGUUUCCCCCUCAUUAAUAUUAAGCACAUCAGAAUGUGAAUUAUUGCCAAAAUCUUUGUAAAAAUUCAGUGUUUUUCAUAUCUGAUAUUUCUCAGUCAUUUUCCUCGAGCUUGAUUAAAUGACAUACAUUAAGAUUUAAAGAAGCUUGAGAGAGAAACAUAAUGAACAAAGUACCACACUAACAGUUCCAUGGCUUCUCUUCUGGUCAUGGUUCUUCCAGUGCUUAGGGCUGCCACUUACCUGGAGGCCUCAGUUUUCCCACCAGUAAGAGAAGGGAUUUGCAUUAGAUGAUAAGUCAUUUCUAGCCCUGUAACUUCUUACCUGUCCCCGUUAAACGCCAGAAUCAUCAGCACAUCUUGAAGUAAACCCUUUCUUGGGCUUUAAGUCCCUUCUUAUGGAAAGGAUCAAGCUGAGACUUUAUUUUGUGAUUUAGGUUCCCACACCAGUGCCAUAGUGCAUAGAGGUAUGCGUGGUUUUCAGAUAUUUUGCCAUGUGGAGUGUGCAAUUAUAUGUGCUAGGGUGGGUCUCUUUAGUGUAGCCAGUGUCUAUGUUGUUACACAGUUAAUCAGGGAGCUAACUGCUCAUUAAUAAACUAUUUUCCAUGAAUAAAUUGGUCCUUUGGGGGGAUAUAUCAUGUCUUUUUAACUUACUGAAGUACCAUUUAGUUCAUUGAACUGGCAUUGAUUUCCCAACUGAUCUCCAAAAGUGAGCAGUUUGUUCUUAAGGAAUAAUGUCUUCAGUGCUUCUAGAAUAAGAAACAAUGUCAAAUCAUCUAUCUCUGGAAAAUCAUGGAUUUUUGACAUUUCUGUUAAUAGAAUUUCUCAGGCUUUCCAUUUUUGAAAGUACUGGACUUCAUAAGAGGUUUCUGUGUUUGGGAUCCUAUUCCAGGGGGAAAACUCAGAGCUGGGUUCAUCUUUAGACUUCUGUCAAUACUCUUGGCCUCCUUGAUCGUUAAUAUGGUGCUAAAGGCUGCAUGCCUCAUUAACUGGUUUAUUUUGUUUAUAUUUUGUUGUUAAGGUUUUUAUUUCUGUGUACUUCAGAUAUAGAAUUCUGAGCUAGGGCUGCUUUUGUGGUCUCUCUUAAACGCACUAACCUGAACUGAGAUUAGGUAAUGGUGUGUGGUAUAUAUGAAUAUAUUAAAUAUAUAGGCAUAGAGAUAGGUACCAGUACAUAGGUUUAUAUUCACACACAAAUGUUCUAGAUAUAGAGAGGGAGAAAAAUUAUGGAUGAUGCCACCUGAGUCAACUAUGAAUAAUGAACACUUAAGACAGUAUUUCUUGCCUGGCUGAGGCCUGAUAUAUAAUAGAAUUGUAAAUAUUCUUCAGAAUAAUUUCUUCAGCUACAGGAAGCUUGGUGUCAUAUGAUUUUUAAGAAGUUGGCAGUGGAGCUCCAUUUGGUGCUUGAUGUUUCUUCAUUUGGCUUCUGAUUAUUGAAGCCUUACUUGAACUAGAGGUUCCUGAGGGAAAUGCUCAGAAGUGGUUUUAUGAGGAUUAUAAUUUAAGGUUUCAAAUAGAGGAAGGCAAGGAAAUAGAGAACGUAACCAGGUAGAGCUCACACCUCCCUUUGUCCAGGCUUAUCGCAAGUAAUACAUCUCUUCUGGAGAGCAUGCAUGAAUCAGUGUGCAGUUUUAUCAGAUGGCAUUAUGGAUAAAGAUGAUAAUGCUGCCUUUUCUGUCUCUCAGGCUGUUUCCAUGGAAACCUCCAGAGCCAAACAAAAGCUACCAAUCAUUUAACCAAAGCUUGCCUUGGCUCGUAGACCUGUGUGUCUUCAAGGAAUAAUGUUUUCAUACGGUUAGCUAUGAGAGCAAGGGCUCUUCACCAUACCCUAGAUUACAGAACACUUUUUCUCUUCCCAGGCUGUUUCUCUUAAAAAAUUAAAAAUGCUAAAAAUCUCUUGUCUGAGGUCUGUUCCCUGACGAUCCCUCAGAUCUUUAGAUAGUAGUUCCAACCCUGUCCCAGUGUAGUGAGUUCGGGGUCAUUUCUUGGAAUGUAGCUUCUCACAUUAAAGAAAAUGGAUUUAUCCCACAUUCUCACAAUGGACAUGAGUGUUUGGAACCUUAGGUAAACAUAUUGAAAGGUCAGAGUCCUUGGAAAUGGGAUUUCAGAAAAAUAGAAGAACUAAUGAAAAAAAUCUAAGCUUGCAUGAUACUGUGUAACUAUAGGCUACUCCAGUGUGUCCUGGUUGAAUUACUUCAGAAACAUAAUGGUGACUUAAUUUGGAGGCCAAAAUAACUGGAUUAUUUUUAAUUUUCCAGUUUAAGGUGCCACUGAUAAAGAAUUACAGUAGUCAAAAUUUAAUUGGAGAUGGUGUUACUUUCUGAAACUAGUUUCCAAGAGGAAGAAAACCACACAUUAUUAUUUUCUGUAUCUAAUCAAAUACUUUUCAUAUAUAAUUAAUAGUUUCAUGUUAUCAUUUUUAUAAAAUCCUUAACCUUUUGAACUUAACCUACAGUCUAAAAGUCUUUUGACAAUAACUGUGGUGUAAUUAAUCUUCUGUUUCACUGGGUUUUAUAGUUAGUAAAAAUGCCUUUACUCAGCAAAUGUGUUUCAAUAGUCCUGUCAUCGCAUUUAUAAAUUUUGUAUUGUAACUUAAUGAGCCUUAUUGUCCUUAUGAAAUGAAAUGGUGGCUUUGUGAAAUAAAUUUACCAAAAAUACAUAUGUAAACAUUUUUAUAGAUUCCUUGCCAGCUGAUACCAGGACAGGCAUCUUUUGAGCUGAUACCUGACUUGAGUUUUAGGUAGUUUAAUAAGCCUAUCCUCAAAGUCGCAUCUGUUCUGAUAGUUAAAUUCUUGAUUCAGGACCAGUGAGCAUUUGUGUUUCUCCUAACUACCCUGGUAUAAAUACCUUAGGAGUUGCUGAUCUGAAAUAGUUGUGAGAAGGUUCCUGGCUUCUUCGCCUCACUUGACAUGCAUUUUGAAGUCAAAGCACGCUGCUUUCUGUUUGGUCCUCCAGCCUCAUGAACCCCUUGGUGCAUUCCUCUCCACAUCCUGCAUGUAGUUUUACCCCAGAUCAGACUCUGUCUCCCGGGUCCCAGAAUAGCAUGGGAGCAUGGCAUGCUUGUUUUCCAGAGCACAGCCAGUCAUGGGUGCUAGCCCUGUCUCCACACACCAGCACUUACAACACAAGUAUGUAUCUCCUGAGUCACCGGUAAGAGAACACAACCUUGUCUUAUCUAGCCCAGGAAUUUUGAAAAUGCUCAGCUUUAUACAUAGACUCAUAGGUUCCCAACACAUUUCAUAAAAGUGAGUGUUAUUUGGUAUGGUUCAGGUGACAUUUAAAUGGUCACCAUUCUAAUGAACACUUUCAUUAUGAUUUUGUCCUUUCUUUUAAAAAAAAGUCAUGCUUGAAUAUAUUUAUCGAAUGUUCAGUGGACUAUUAUUUCAUUUGUCUGAAAUCUACUGAGUAUAUAUUCAUUUUUAUGUGUGAUGGAAUUUUAUGUUAACGAUUUCAAACAGGAGUAAAUUUGAAUUCAACUUGGA